AUGUCGAUGGUCGAACGUUUUCAUGUCUACUUGGUGGGACGAAGAUUCAUAGUCAAAACCAACCAUCUACCUCUGGUGUCAAUACUCAAGAAUCCAAGCGCCAAGCUAUCAGCAGGGCUGGAACGCCUUAGCCUCAGGCUACAACAGUAUGUCUUUGACGUAGAACAUAUCCCAGGUAAAACGAACCUGGCAGAUACUUGUCGAGACAUUCACCUUCAACGAAAGAGGGGAGCCCCUCGAAGGAAGCUGUUGCCGCCGAACAGUAUGACUGUAGUCAUAGUAUGUACCGAAGGCUAUGACGUUGAAAAGGCGUACAAAGAUGAUGAACAAAUGGACUUUCUGAUGCUGAUUGCAGCCCUCCGAACACGUGACAAGAAGGUUUGCAGACAUCUGUGGAAGCACAGAAAGUUAAAGCCUUUCAACCAGAUAAAAGAAGAACUAACAGUAGCAGAGAGCAACUUGGUCCUGCGAGGACCACGCUUGGUAGUUCCCGAAAAGGCGCAGAUGGAGGUUGCACAGUUAGCCCAUCGGGGACUGUGCCCAGGGCAUGGUGAAGACCAAGAAGCUAAUUAG